AUGCCAAAGACUGCAAGAAAUAACAAUAGGAGAUCUAAUGGAGCUUCUAUAGAAGUUGCCGGAGUCAUAGGAACGGGUGCAUCGAAGAUUAGAAAGAAGAUGAGAGAUAUAGAAAGAUUAUUGAAAAAAGAUACAUUACCAGCCCAUGUGAGAAUCGAAAAUGAAAGAGCAUUGAAGGCAUUAGGGGUGGAAUUACAGAACACUCAACACAAUUUGAAGGCCAAGCAAAACGCCAAAAAAUAUCAUAUGGUUCGUUUCUUCGAAAAGAAGAAGGCCAUUAGAAAAUUGAAACAAGCAAGAAAGGCUCUUGAAGAUGCAGCUAGUACAGAGGUCAGAAAGGAUAUCAAGAAAGCCAGAAAGGUUGUUAGACAUAGUGAGAUUGAUAUUGUGUAUGUUGUGUUGUUCCCUAAAACUGAAAAAUAUAUCUCAUUAUACCCCAACCCUAAAGAAGACGACAAAGAAGAGUUGUCCAAGAAUCCUAAGGCCAAGAAAGGAAUGCAGAUGACUGAAGAAAGGAAGAGAGAGCUUAGAAAGCAAGCAGAACGCCUUCUUGAUGAGGACAAAUUACCAUUUUCCAUCGAAGAUGUCUUACAGGGUAAAACUAUUAGAUUAGAUGAUACCCAGAACCAUGCCGUUUUGACUGAAGAGAUUGACGCUCCAAGUAAGAAAGAUAAUAAAGAAGAAGAAAAGGAAGAUGACUUCUUUGAAUAA